CUUGAUGUUCGAGCUCUGAUCCGUGAAGCUCUCCAUGCGCACGUCCUCCCGGAGACGGAGUCUGGACGGACUGUGAUGUGAACGCUGCUGAUCAGGCUGGAUCUGGUCUCAUGAGCUGGUGGUGUCUUCUGCGGUGGAAUUCUGUUUUCGCUUUGAAAACUGCUGCUUGGACAAAUGCAUACAAAUGCAUUUAGGAGCCCAACGGACAAGGAGUGGACAAGUUUCUCCCACAACGACAACGAGAUUCCUCGUCCUCCUCCUGUCAACAUGUGUGGCGCUGCUGUCAGCAGAAGAGCCAUCAGCAGCUUCAGGUGUAGACCUUAUUUAUCAGUUGGGCCUUUCGGGUCGCAGGGACAUACACUCUUCCGGGACACCUUACCUCACCUCCCUUGCUUCAUCUCUGUCCAUCCUGCCUCCUGGUUUUGGGGUUGUCCUCGGACGGGAUGCCCUUAUUGAGGCCCCAUCGGUGGACCUGCUCCCCGCAGGCAUGGAGGAGGAGUUUUCUAUCAUAGUGAGUUUAAGCUCCUGGCGAGCAAACAAUGCCUUUAUUUUUAGUGUGCGUGAUGGCAGGGACAGACUGCAGUUCGGCUUGCAGCUCCUGCCCGGAAGGGUAGUGGUUUACAUGGGAGAGAAAGCAUCAAUCUACUUCAAGUACGAUGUUCAAGAUGGACAGUGGCACUCCUUCUCUGUGGGGGUCCGGCCACGCUCCGUAUCUUUCUAUGCACGCUGCGGGGCUGUGCAGUACGGCGAGGAAACGCUGGCCCGUCCACAGACGUUGAGCUCUGAAGGCCGCCUCUCUGUGGGAAGGAUGGACUCCAGGAUGGUGCAGUUUGAAGGAGCAUUAUGCCAGCUGGAUAUUUACCCCUCCGCCCAAGCUGCGGUGCACUACUGUGACUAUGUUAAAAAACAGUGCAGACUGUCCGACACCUUCCGAUCUCUGUCAGGGAGCUCAGAGUCCCCAUUUCCAUCCGUUUCACCUUCCCCAAAGUUCCACCGCAGCUUUUCGGAGUCACACUCUCAGAGAUUUAUCCCAACUCUUGCUGAUCACUCCACUACGGCCACCAACUCUAUUCCCACAGCACUUUUUGACCAGUUUUCAACCACAAGCUCUCCGAUGUUUCGCUCCAACACACCUAGGCACAUGAACCCAUCUUCAAGACCAUUCAGCAAGGUGCAAUCCCUCUACUUCACUCCAGAGACUUCCACGAGCAACCCCACAACAGACAAGAACCUUGACGGUGAAAAUGUCACUGAGAAUCAGCCACUUCUCAAGAAGCCCAGAGCAACUCAGGCCACGCCGGAUUUGAUCACCAUCGUCAAGCAGAGCCGUUUGAAAGAGGCCUUGAAGAAUGACGAUAGAGCCCACCAAUCCAACAAAGAGCUACUCCAGACCAAUCCUAAAGUGAACAGCACCAUCCUGUACCGUGAAGAGAGCAGCUACAACCUGGUGGACCAAUCUGAGGAACAGGUCCAGGAGGGGGUGCACGAUGCAGGAUACUCGGAGGGUUACGGAUACGACUAUGGUUUUGAAGAAGAUGAAUAUUUCUUUGACUACGAUGGAUUUGUUGGUCCUAAAGGAGAACAGGGUCCUCCAGGUCCCAUUGGCCCCCCAGGUCUCCCCGGACCCCCUGGAAAGAGAGGACUGCGGGGUCCACCUGGUCCUCACGGGAGUCCCGGGCUGCCUGGUUUACCUGGUCCAAAGGCUGCAAAAGGUGAUCCUGGACUGUCCCCAGGUCAAGCGCCGAUGGGCGAUAAGGGUGAAAGAGGACGGCUGGGUCCACAGGGUCCUAGAGGUGAACCAGGUCUAAAGGGUGCCAAAGGCUAUCCUGGACCAGCAGGUCUGCCCGGAGAACAGGGUUUGCCGGGAUUGCCGGGCAUAUCUGGGGCGGCAGGUUACCCUGGCAGGCAGGGUUUGGCAGGACCGGAGGGAAACCCUGGACCUAAAGGUGUCAAUGGCUUCAUCGGACCUCCAGGAGUUGCAGGACCGCCAGGACUGGAGGGAGAGCGAGGAAUUCCGGGUCCUGUGGGAAUCAAGGGUCCCAAAGGAAGACAGGGUGUUGUUGGCGAUGUGGGAGAGCGAGGGCCGCCCGGACCGGAUGGAAACGAGGGGCCCGUUGGAGGAACCGGCAGCAGUGGAUUCCCAGGCCUGAGAGGUGAUCCGGGGCCUGAGGGACCCCGUGGCUUCCCUGGCAUUGUGGGACCUCAGGGCCUGACCGGAGGGGUGGGGCCUCCUGGAAUGAAAGGUGAUAAGGGUGAACCUGGAUUGAGGGGUGAGCCGGGAGAAACUGGUUAUCAGGGGGACAAGGGAAUGGCUGGUAAUCCAGGGCCGACGGGACCACGCGGAAAACCAGGACCUCUCGGGAAACCGGGUGAACCGGGACCGCAGGGGCCUCCGGGGCCACCAGGACCUGAGGGUUUCCCAGGAGACAUUGGUGCACCAGGACCCAACGGCCCCCUGGGACCAAAGGGAGACGAAGGCCCCCCGGGUCCACCUGGAAAGCCUGGUCCCACUGGCCGAAUUGGUCGGAAAGGAUUCAUUGGUGAACCAGGACCUGAAGGCCUGAAGGGAGAAAUUGGUGACCCAGGGAAUCCUGGGAAACACGGCCCCCCUGGUCCGGCGGGACUAAUUGGAAUAACCGGAGUGAUCGGACAACCUGGAGAAAAGGGCGAUCGAGGUCCUCCUGGUCCUUUGGGUCCUUCAGGAGAGAAAGGUCAAACAGGGUAUCUGGGUCUUCCAGGAGGUCCUGGGGAUUUCGGCCCACUAGGUCCACCAGGUCCACAAGGGCUGAGAGGAGCAGCAGGCCUUCCCGGGCCGAAAGGGCGAAGGUUUGGCUUGUCCUUGAUUCUCGGUGUGUUUGGUCUGGCAUGUGGCGUCUCACCCAGCUGGACUGUUUAUGAGGAUGAACUUGAUGGCCCGAGGGGACCUGACGGUCCUCCAGGAGAGCCGGGCCCUGAGGGCAUAAAGGGUGAAAAGGGAUCGCCAGGGAACAAUGGACCUCCGGGAUUCAUCGGUAAAGCUGGAGCUCCAGGGAAGAGAGGAGCAGCAGGAGCGACUGGACCUCCAGGACCUGAAGGAGAGCAGGGACCUGUGGGUGAACCUGGGAUCAAGGGUGAAAUGGGGCCUGUCGGAGAAGAGGGUGAACUGGGCCAACCGGGCAUCAGAGGUCCUCCAGGGCCACCUGGAGAGGACGGGCAUCAAGGGAAGGAUGGACCAAAGGGUGAGCCAGGUGACCGUGGACCAACGGGAGAAGCCGGAGAAAGGGGUGAGAUUGGUGACUCUGGCCCACUAGGACUUCCUGGAAAUCCUGGGGAAAAAGGCUUCCCGGGACCUGAGGGCAAACAAGGUCUGCCCGGCAACCGUGGACGUCCAGGAAAGAAGGGUGAAAAAGGGUUGCCGGGUCACUUGGGAGAGAUGGGCUCACCGGGCGAAAUCGGACAGACAGGGGAGAGAGGACUCAAAGGUGCUCGUGGAACCAGAGGACCCGCAGGUCGACCAGGAGUUAUGGGACCUCAGGGAGAGCCGGGACUUCAAGGUUACACAGGUCACACUGGCAAGCCAGGUCCAGCAGGCCCCCCAGGACCAAAGGGAGAAAAGGGUUAUCCAGGAGAAGACAGUAAAACGGAAGGACCACCAGGGCCCUUAGGUGAACCAGGCUCUUCAGGAGAGAAAGGUGAACGUGGGGAACCAGGAGAUGAUGGAUAUCAGGGUCACGUAGGGGUCACAGGCGCCCGUGGAGCGAUUGGUCAGCAGGGAUCUCCUGGAUCUCCAGGACUUCCUGGUGAAGCAGGACCCAAGGGCGAGAAGGGAGUUCAGGGACUCGCUGGGAAGAAAGGAUCCCGAGGGCCCGCUGGAGCGCCAGGUCCUGAGGGUCCGGUUGGAUUGCCGGGGCCCAGAGGGAUAGACGGGUAUCCGGGAUCCGACGGUCUUCCCGGUCUUCCUGGUUUACCGGGUCUGCCUGGAUCCAAAGGCCGAACAGGUCAGCGCGGCGAUACCGGUCUGGAAGGGAGGGCGGGACUUCCUGGCCCGCGGGGCGAGCUUGGACUUCCUGGUGUCGUCGGAGAGAGAGGGCCAGUGGGGUCAAAGGGCGAGAUGGGUUUACCGGGCGACGGAGGACCGGCGGGUGCUAAAGGCAUGGAGGGGGCGGCGGGAGACCAAGGCGUGAAGGGAGAGCAAGGUGCCAAAGGAGAACCAGGUGAGGUGGGAGACGCAGGCAUGCUGGGACUCCAGGGGUUUCCGGGACCCAAGGGUCCGAACGGAGAUCUAGGAUUCACUGGUAUUCCUGGACUCAAAGGGCCGGCGGGAGUUCUGGGUUUCUCUGGUCCUGUCGGUCCGGUGGGAAUGAUCGGUCCGCUGGGGAAGCCUGGUGCCAGAGGACCUAAAGGAAGCCGUGGAGAGAUGGGGCCUCAGGGGCCGCAGGGCAGUCCAGGGCCACAGGGGCCUCCAGGUUUACCCGGCCCAUCGAUACGCGUCAAUAUGGACGUCCAAGCGCUGAUGGAGUCCAAUGAACCUCUAGAGCUGGAGAGUUACCAGAACACAGACGUGUCUCAGUCGGAGCGGAGCGCUGAGAUCUUCAGGACGCUGCGGUAUCUGAGCAGCGUCAUCGACAGCAUGAAAACGCCACUGGGAACGAGAGAAAACCCGGCCCGCUUCUGCAGAGACCUGCUGGACUGCAGACACACGAUGAGCGACGGGUUGUUCUGGAUCGAUCCAAAUCUGGGCUGCAGGUCUGACGCCAUCCAGGUGUUCUGUAACUUCACCGCAGGUGGACAGACCUGCUUGAACCCCGUUACAACGGAUAAGGCCGCGUUUGAUGUCGGGAAAGUCCAGAUGAAGUUCUUACACUUGCUGAGCGUCAUGGCGACCCAGACCGUUUCCCUCCACUGCUACAGUGACCCGGCGACGGUUACCAUGGAGACGCCUCGGGCCCUGCGUUUCCGGGGUUGGAACGGUCAGGUGUUCGAGGAAAACUCGCCUCUGAGUCCACAUGUGGUUCUGGACGACUGUGAGAUCCGUGACGGCAGCUGGCAUCAGUCGCGAUUCCUGUUUCAAACCCAGGACACUCAGCAGCUUCCCAUCGUGGACAUUCAAGGUGUCCAUCCCUCGUGUCCAGCAGACCAGCGGCACGUGGAAGUGGGUCCUGUUUGCUUCCUGUGAAAUCACUGAAGGACU